CGCCGUCUGCUGCCAGCCUCUUGCUUCCAUACGGCACUCCACCCCGCCCAUAUCCGCUGUCUCCAUUGCCCGCCACCGCCCUUCUCCUAGUCCCAACAAUUUGCUUCCGCGCCGAGAGUCCUUUGUCGCCGAGCACAAACCCAACCGCCAUUCCUCGCUGUAAUCCAACGUCGCAACCGCCCCUCCUACAUUAAUCAUCCAUCAUGUCAUGGCUAUGGGGAAGCACUACAAACCCGCAGUUCGAAGAGCUUGCUGAGAAGGCGUGUUCUCCUCUCAACCUCCCGUACCCACAAUCAGAAGACAUCGCGACCGCCUUGGAGGUUGCAGAUAUGAUCCGCUCAAAGGCUAUACAGCCUAAAAUGGCAAUGCAAAGCUUGAAGAAGAGGAUAGCCAGUAAGAACGGGAGAGUACAGAUGUAUGCCAUCGGACUUACAGACACCUGUAUCAAGAAUGGAGGAGAUCAUUUCUUGCUAGAAGUAGCUAGCAAAGAAUUUGUGGAUGAGUUGUCAAACCUCAUUAAAGCAACAACGACUAGCCCGGAAGUCAAGCAGAUGCUUAUCAAAUACUUUCAACAAUGGGCCCUUGCUUUCAAAUCCAAGUCAGAGCUAUCCUUCUUUGUGGAAGUCUAUAAUGAGCUCAGGGCUUCUGGAAUCACUUUCCCACCGCCACCCGCUCCUGUCCCUUCUCAUCUCUUGACAACAACCACUGCUCCUGCAUGGGUCGACUCUGAUGCGUGCAUGCGCUGCCGCUCUGCCUUCACAUUUACUAACCGUAAACACCACUGUCGCAACUGUGGUCUCGUAUUCGACCAAGCGUGCUCGAGCCACAGCAUGCCUUUACCCAAAUAUGGAAUCACGGAAGAGGUCCGAGUGUGCGACGGCUGCUGGGCUAAAGCUGGGAGGAACAAGGCUGAUGCUCCUGCCCCCGCUGUCCCCGGGCGUACGCCAAGGUCUAGAGCGGAUCUUGAUGCUGAUCUUCAACGAGCCAUCGAACUCUCUCUCGCGGAAUCUCAACAUAGUCAGAACCGCCACCACAGCCAUUUCACGCCUUCCGAGCCUCCUCUGGCGCAUGGCACUGUUGAAGAUGAGGAUGAGCAAAUGCGCCUUGCGAUUGAGGCUUCUCUUCGUGAUAUGGAGGCUCGUCCAUCAGCUCCAGCGGGCCUCGGUGAAGCGCCAGAACCAGAAUACAGACCUCUGCCAACAUUCGACCUUUCCCCAAGAGAGAAUGAGACGAUCUUGACGUUUAGCAACACAAUGGAUCAGAUGGCGGCGUACGGUGAGCGAGAUUUGAGAAGGUUUCCACAUGCACAUGUGUUGGCGGAGCAGGCUAAUACAGUGGGCGGGAGGUUGAGGAGGAAUGUGGAGGAAAAAAGCACAAAACAACAAAUGUUGAUGGAAAUGCAAGAUAAACUGUCCCAAGCUGUCAACCUCUACGGUCAAAUUCUGGAUGGACAACAGGCUUAUGCUGCUAAACGGGCGCACGAAGAGCAAGCGAGGAGGUAUCAACAACAGCAGAGCUACUACACCCAACAGUACCAGCCGCAACCGCAGCUGUAUGGCCAAUACCCUCCUAACGGCUACCAAGCAUUCGUGCCUCCUCAACAAGCCUACCAACCCCCUCAGCCUCAGCCCGAAGCCCAAGCUCAACACGCACCCUCCCUUUACCCUACGAUGCCUUAUACUACUCCCAAUUUUACUUCUCCUCCCCAGGAACGGGUUUACCCUCAACAAUCCCAUUCAUCGCCUUACAGCCAAUGGUCUCCCGCGCCAUCGCAUGUUCAGCCGGGAUUAGCAAGACAAGCGUCGGUCGUUGUCCCGCCCGUUUCUUCACCCGUUCCCGCUGGUGUGCAAAGACAGGCUUCUAUGACUUAUGGUGCACCUAUACCUGUAGCCGAGCAAUCUCAACGACAACAGCAGCAAUAUGCCUCUGCUCCUCCGUUCGCAUCUGGAGCGGCACCCGUCGACAUACCUUCCGCUCCUCCACCUGUUAAUCUCUCCACCCACCCCAACUCGCCCCAGCGACACUCUUACAUCCCUUCCCAUCCCCAAACCCAAACCCAAACCCAGUAUGAAUCUCAACCACAAGAAAUCCCGUCACAGCAAGAUAUGCAGUAUGGCGCGUCGGCUCCGCCGCCAGACUCUUUAGGUUCGUAUGUGUCGGAAGGAACGGUAGGAAGCGCCAAGUCGGGGCUUGAACAGGAGCAUGCGGCUUCACAGAUUCAACCCCAACCUCAGCCCCAGGCUUCCGCACAAACUCAAACACAGUCUCAAUCCCAAUUGCAGGCUCAACCCCAGCAAAACCAAUACGCUGCUCAAACACAGCUCCCCGCGGGAAUGUAUAACGCUGCCUCUUUCCCUCAACCGUUACCCCCAACCAUCUUCCCAGAUGCGCCCGUAGAAGCACCCAAAGGUUUGGAAAAGGAGGAGAAAGAAGAAGCUUUGUUGAUUGAGCUUUGAUCUAAUGCAAGAGGAGCGUGAUGUUGUCUUCAGAGGUUGUAUUAUAUUUUUAUUUUUUUCCGUGGCCCUAGCAAUGCAUUACUCCGUGUGUAGGUAGGCUCAUACGUGAAAAAUCUGCCAGUUGGAUACAGAAUAUUAAUUUGCAUGAAAUGAAGAUCCAACUCGA